AAGCCAGCCUUCCUGUUUCUUUAAAGCCGCUCAUCUGCGCGGCGGGCCGGCUGCCGGCGGUGGGAGGCAGGCUGCGGGGAGCCGCGGACACACGGCCGGCCGGAGGGACGGACGGACGCACGGCCGGACGGAGGGAGCCGGCCCGCCGGGGCUCCGCUGCCCGCCGCGGCCGAGCGGGCGCAGAUGGGCGGCGGCGGCGGCGGCGGCAGCAGCGGGUCGGCGGCGGGAGCGGAGCGGCGGAGCGGCGGCCGGUGGUGAGCGCACCCGCGCAGCUCCCCGCGCCAUGCGGAGCACGCCGCUGGCGGAGGGCGAGCCCUGGCCGCGCCUCUGCGCCGCCGCCGAGCUCGGGGGGCUGCGGCGGCUGCGGCGCAAGCACGGCUGCAAAAGUUUCCGCGUGGAGCUCAAAGUGCUGAGCGGGAGGCGGACGGGGCUCCGCGCUCCCCCCGCGCACCCCCCACCGCCACCACCACCACCUCUUCCUCCUCCUCCUCCUCCUCCCGUUGCCGCCGCCGCCCCGCCGCCCGCCUGGGAGCCGCGCAGCGCCGCGCUCGGCGACGCCGCCCGCAGCGCCUUCCCCGCCGGCGCCGCCGCGCCGCCCCCCCGCCGCCCGCCCGCCGCCGCGCCGCCGCCGCCGCCGCCCGCCGCCUCCCCGCGCCCGCGGCCGGGCGAGGCGUCCGGCGUCUCGCCGGAGAUCAAAGCCCUGCAGCAGACGCGGCGGCUGUUGGCCAACGCCCGGGAGAGGACCCGCGUCCACACCAUCAGCGCCGCCUUCGAGGCGCUGCGGAAGCAGGUUCCCUGCUAUUCUUAUGGUCAAAAGUUGUCCAAACUGGCCAUCUUGAGAAUAGCCUGUAACUAUAUCCUUUCCCUGGCCAGACUAGCAGACCUGGAUUACAGCGCUGACCACAGUAACAUGAGCUUCUCUGAAUGCGUGGAGCAGUGCACUAGGACCUUACAAGCAGAAGGAAGAUCUAAAAAAAGGAAGGAGUAAUAACCAGGAAGGGAGGAUUCAGAAGAGCUUCCAGCCAGAGUUACAUCUGUUCUUGGCAAAGGUUGCACGAUCCAGAUGAAGACUGCAAGCAGCUUUUUUGCAGAAACCCCUUUUCGAGAUGACAAUUGGCCAAGGAACUUUCUUAAUCUCUGGAACAGAAAGGAAAAAAGGAAAACAAACAAACAAAAAAGGACGGGGACGCUUCUUAAUUGUUGUUAAGCCAGCCACCUUUUAGUACGUGCAAUUUAUUUAGCACUUUUCCCUUUGCUUAACUGGGAAAUGUUACCCUCUCAGCUCAUGUGUACAGUAAUUUUUCGUUGUUGUUGUUGUUGCUGUUGUGCCAAAGAUUUGAUGGAGCUUCUA